AUUUACGGAUUUUGGAUUAAUGCAUUUUCUGGAUCGAUUCGCAUAUAAGAAACCAAAGUUGAAUAAAUUAAAAGAAACAAAGUCAACUACUGAAGAACCUAUUCAGAAAACUGUGCCUGGAAAGUUAUUAAAACGAAAAGAAGGUGCUUUGUCAGGUCCACAAGCAAUGGCUGUUGAUAGUUCGGCAUUCCGACAACUUCCAAUAACCAGUGUUCCUGUUCAUGAACGAUUUUUCUAUAAUUAUUUCAAAUUUCUGGAGACUCAACCAGGUCGCAUUAAAAAAACUGAAAAGAAACCACAAGGUAGUGAUGAAAAUGGAAGUGACAGUGAUUCAGUUGCUGAUUCUGAAUUCGAUGUUUACCUAGCAAAACAUGAAAAAGAUUUGUUUCCUCCAAAUGAAGAAUGGGAAAAUGAUGCUGAACCAGAAUUUAGUGAUCAAGAAUUCAUGGAUAAUUCAGCAGAUGAAGAUGAUACAAAUGAAUAUGACUUUUCAGAAAUGGAUAAUAUCAAUUUGUCAGCUAAUUCAAAGUCUAAGAAAAUGAAAAAACCAACUGAAUCGAAAUGCAAAUAUCACAAAUUUGAAGAUAACGAUGAAGGAGUGGUUAAUGAUGAUGAUGAAAAUUCUGAAGACGAUAGUGAUGAUGAAGACGACGAUGAUGACUAUAUUCCUGAUAAACCAGGUCAAUUCAAUUUAAAUAAUUUAUUCGCAAGUGCUGAAGAAGUUGGUCAUUUAUAUGAUGUACAAGAAACUGCAAAGAAAAACGACAACGGUUUUGGGAACAAAAACGUUUAUAUUCACAGAGUAGUAAUAGUAAUCAUAAACGACGCCAAUAUCGUGAAAAAGGAGUUUCGAAAAGAAGGAGACUAGAAAAUCGUGAUCAUCAUCAAUCGUCUAGUCGAGGAAAAACGAAACUUAAGAGUCAAAAUAACUCAAAACGACCACGUCGUCAUUCAUAACCCAUUCACAAUACAAUUUGUAUUAUGUUUCUCAGAGAAAAAUACUUUUUAUUUUUAAUUAAAGUUAUUUUUCUCGACACAGAAAAUGAUUUUAAUUAUAGUCACAAAAGUCUAAGGUACAUAAAUCAGAGAGGUACAAAUCUAACAAGAGGGAAUUUCACUAUUUGUUAAUAUAAUUUAUCCACUGUAUUGUUGUUACCAAAUAGAGUAAAGUUUGGUUACGAUGAAUAACAAACGUUGGGCCAAUAACUCGUUCGUUAUAAUAAGUAGUUCUUAACAUUCGUGGUUUAGACACUAAUUAGUUAGGCAUUUGUCAGUUAUCAUUGUGUUACUGUUGAUGAGAUGCAGAGUAUUUCUCGGAAGAUGCUCAUAAGCGCUCUAAAAACGCUGGGAGACUUUAUCCAGUUAGCACUGGGCAGAAGUA